UUCCGGAAUUGUCCGAACCUCGGGGGCCAUGUUGGCUCAUGUGGUCUAGGUCUUUCAGCAAGCGGCGUGUGCGUGUGAGAAUGAGAUGUAAUUAUAUAAACGUACAUUAAAAAGUAGAAAUUAUAAGCGUGCAAUGGCUGGAAGCAGACUUGAGAAAUUUGGUACGGUGUUCACCAGGGUGCGGGACUUGAUGCGCGCCGGGGUCAUGAAAGAAGGCGACAGACCCCUCUGGUACGAUGUGUAUGUGGCUUUCCCCCCCAAAAAGGAGCCCCUGUACCAGAAACCCAUAAGCAGCUUUGGAAAGGUGGCAGACAAAGUGCCCGACAUCCUCUAUAAGGAAGACAACAUCAGAGCGAAAUUUUACGAAGUUUAUGGGAAUGGACCCAGAGUCCUGGAUCUCACCAAAACCAGCUUUGUCUCCACUAGUCAAAAGUUCGUGGAGAAAUACCAGGAACUGGAGAAUCGGGGUGCGCUGGGAGAGGAGGAGCUGUUCGAAGAGACGGGGAAGGCUCUUCUUGCCGAAGGAAUCGUUCUGAGGAGGAGGGGUGUCCCCAUGGUGGUGCCCCAGGGAUCUGAGGGCUCGGUGGAGCUGGAGAGCAGGGACCCCGUGCUGGAGAUGAAGCUGACCGACAUGCUGGCAGAACAGCAGCAGCAGCAGCAGCAGCAGCAGGAGGUGCUACAGAGUGAACCCCAGGCAGAGGGUGCUAAGAAAUCCCCAUGAUAUUAGAAGCCGUGAUUGUUCGCGUACAAUCAACCGGAAAGCAAUCCGAACAACUGAUAAGAGGAGCGACUCCGGCAAGCAGAUGGGUUAUAGGAGGAACAGCAGACGACAGUGAUCCUCUGCACGUCUUGCAAAAAAAAAAGAAAAAUCAUCGUAACCCAUUUUGCAUCUUGCAAUCAUGGCGACUGAGCUUUGGGUAUUUGAGGUGCAAGAAAAGUGGUUCAGUAAAAAAAACAACUCAAAAAAGAGAAACAAAAACAGCCCAGUGAAGGGGGUUAUCAGGAGAACGGAUGCUGCUCAGCUUUCAUGCAUGAGUAACUAAUCCUCCCCCGCUACUAUUCAAAAGCUGUGUAGGGUAAAUCAACAUAAACACCUCUUUUCCCAAAAGUAACUUUGAAUCUCCAGGUUUCUCAUUUUUUAUGUAUGAUUUGAUUUGGCAGCCUGCGGUUAAUUCUCUGUACUUGUCUACAUUAAACAUCAUCUGCUAGGUAUUUACCCAUCCUUAAGCUGAUUUCGGAAUUUUCUUUCGCGGCUUCUUCAGUGUUUGCCGGUCCUCCUCGUUGAGUAUCCUCUGCAGAGUUAGAUGAGUGUGCAGCGGAUCGCCAGCUUGGGAAACAUGAUCAAGUCUGGAGUUCUGGGGCUGGGAAGGGGGAAUCUUAUUACUGGUCCAGCAAGAAGAUAUUUCUCCUCAUGGAACAUGGUGUGUAGUUAACCAGGUCCCAAACUGAGAAGGGACAGUCAGCUGCUUUUAUGUCUAUGUGUAGGUUUUCAGCAUAAGCAUCGCCACCAGUUUACAGAAGAACAUGGUUCAUACAGUGUGAGAGUGAAGUGCAACAAGUAUUCCAGUCUCAGAUAAGAGCCUGCUUGUCCUGGCUGUUUCUCCUGGUGAUGCUGACAGAUGUUAACUUUAUAUUGUCUUUGAAAGGGGCUUUUCAAGCAGGUAAUUAAAGUUUUCUCCUGAGCUCUUGGCAUGCAUUAGAAUAUUUAAAAUUAUUUCAGUUGAGCUGAAUGCAAGCUACAUAGGGUGUUGGCCUUUUAAAAUCCAUUUGGGAAAAAAAAGGAAUUUAUAUCAUCCUGUGAAACGGAAGUUAUGUUGCCUUCCUGUAACUGAAAUGAAGCGAUGAUACAAUUUUAUGGUGCCUGGCACAGCUUCUUAAGACAAUGCCCUCCAUAGAGACAAGAAGCCAGAACUCAGAUUAGUAUUAUAAGCAGCAUCAACCACUUAGCAAAGCGAUCAAAGCGGGCUUCAUGUUAAAAAGCCCUUUGUGAGGGGGAUGCUGUCAGACUCCUGGCAAUACAAUUAUCGCCUGUCUCCACUGUAAAUACCCUACCAGGCUUAAAAAAGACCAAUUAAGUGAUUAAUUACACACCAGUAUGUGGUGCCGCGUUUAAGGAUGGCCCGGUUUAUGUAGAAGAAUCAGGUCACAGCAGGUUUCUGCAACCCAAGUCAGAGAGAUAGCAGGCCCUUUAAGGUUGUGAAAGCUGAGAACUUCACGGUAGCGGAGACUGCUCCUGCCCCAGACAACAGCAAAGGGCUGUGGAAGUCUGGAAGAAGCUCACCCAGCCAUGUUGUUGAAGACGAUAUCCUGGCCUCUAGGCCAAGUUCCACAUGCCCUAGAAGGAUCGGAUGGCCUCCUGGUUUGUCACCCUCCUGAUGUUCUUCUGCAGUGUGUUCACCAGAAAUGACAUAAGAGCGUGCUCAUGUCUCACCAUUGUCACAGGAAUGCAGACUGUUACAGUUGUUUCAUGUGAGCAUUCUUCUAUGAUGAAUGAGUAUAUAGCCUCUAAUUGAUUAAAAUCUUUGUUUCCUUGCAUUGGAAUUGCUCGGCAUAUUGGUGAGCCUGACUCAGGCUCAAAAGACUGCUAAAGAACAAUUUUCUGAAGUUAAUUUUAAAUUCAUCAUUUAAAAAAAAAUGACAGUACACUGUUUCUUGUAUGUACCAGGCCUUGCUUGUUUGCUCUCUUUUUAUUUAUAGCCUGUGCAAGGGCUUUUAGCCCCUGAGGUGCUUGUGCUUAUUUAUGGAUGUGAGGGCUCCUCCUAGCUCUGGAGCUGCUCUCUGGUGUGACCUUUCCUUGCCUGCAGUGUCAAUAGCCCUGCCAUUGGGGGCGAGGGGUCAGGUGUGGAAAAUGAAUAUUAGCUUCUUAUUGCUGCUUCCCAUUUAAAGAGGUGAGAACCUGCAAGGUCCAGGUGCUGCUUCUAACCUCCUGUCAUCACUGUGGAUCCUUGUGCUAUCGAGCUUUCUUCCCUGUUACUCUGUUUUUGUUUCAAUGUUUUUUUAACCUGUCGUUUCAAAUUGUUUUC